CCAAGUCAGUCACUAAGGCAGUCUGAGCUAUCUAUUAAAUAUAUUACUGGAAUGCUAGGCCCUAGUUUAUAGCUAGUUCAUAAUAUUUGCAGUUCAGUCAGUGUACUCUUCCCAGUCACAAAAUGUUUGUACUCUGCAACAAACUAAAUUAUCAAUGUUGUUUAUAUAUAUCUAUCAUCAAAUAAAGCUAAUCAGCAUAAGUGUAUAAUUAACCCCAAAAUAGACACUUAUCCGGCGCAUUAUGGACAGCGACAAGAAAACGACAGAAGAAGCAGUGUCCGGAAACACUGAAUCAGAACCAUCGCCAGAGUCGAUAACUGCUUCGUCAUCUGACAGCUGGGAAAAGGUUGAUAGACAUGUUGUUUCAGGCGAAUGUUGCGAUGAAUAUGUACAUUUGGCGAGUAAGAAAGACAAUGUAAUAGAAUCUGAAUCUCAAAAGUUGAGAUGUGAUGAAAUGCUGGAAUAUACUUCUAAUGAAUCUGGCACCGAAAGGAAAGUUUCGUUACCUGAAACUCACAGUGCGGAAAAGCGUCGAAAGUAUGCUAGUAGAAGUUUUAAUCGACUCAGCAAUGAUGGUCAUAGUAAUGACGCAGAAGAGUCAUUUUUGUCUUCUUCGACAAAGAAAAAUGGUUUCGGUGUCAUCGAAAACAACAUAUUUCGUCCCUUGCAACGAAUAUUCUACCGAAAAACAACUAUCAACGAAAAAUCUUCAUUGGUAAAUAGAGAUUCCAGAAUCGAAGAUGAUGAUGACGAAGUCAUAAUGCCUCAACUACCAAUUCCAAUGUCUUCAUCGUAUAAUGAAAAAUAUGGAAAAUUACCAGAAGGCAUCGGAACAGGAAGAGGAGUAGAAAAGUGUAACCUGGAUGAACUUAAAGCAGAAGAAGGUUCAACGAAAAAAUAUCAAAACACGUCAUAUUAUCGAGAUGCGUCGAAAGGAUUAGUAAUGGCAUUCCUUGGCGCAGGAGUAAUGUAUGGCCUGACAGCAGUAUUUGUUCGUUUGGCUGGUGAAAAUGGAGUAGAUGCCAUUGAAGCAUUGUUUGGCAGAAGCAUGUUCCAGACGAUAUUAUUUGGCUCGGUGCUACUCUGUAAACGCGUUGGAUGGAAGCCACCACCUGGAAGAGCAGUACGAUGCCUAUUAAUUUCUAUCGCAUACUGCAUCGGAACGAUUGGGUCAUAUGAAGCAUUUGACGUCAUACCACCUGGAGCAGCCGUAGCAACAAGGGGAGCAGCUCGCACAAUAUUUUCUAUCAUAUUUGCAUAUCUUGUAUUGAGAGAAAAGGUUUCCAGUGGAGAUAUUGUUGGGCUGUUUUGUUGCUUUAUUGGAAUCGCCCUGAUUAUUACAUCUGGGAUGACAUCUGGAGAUAAAGAUUAUAUCACUCCACCUGGUAUAGGAGAUAAUGCAACUAUAAUAAGAAUCUACGGAUACUCUUUGAUUCUUGCAAGUGCUAUUGGAAGAAGUCUUGGCCAUGUGGCCGUUAGGGGAGCUAGAGACGAUCUCAACAUUUUCAGUGUAGUAUUCUACCAUUCAGCGCUAACGUUUGUUUUUGCCGGCAUUUUACUUGCAACUGUGAGAAAACCUACAUGGCCGCCGUCCUGGACAGGAGCCGGAUAUGUAGCAGGAACUUGCUUGGCUUCGUCUGUAGGGACAUUUUGCAGUAAUCUGGCAUUGAAGUAUGCACACCCAGCACUCGUAAGUUUUGGACAAAACGCCGACGUUGUAGUUAGUCUAACUUUGCAACAUUUGAUAUUACAAAUGGCACCAAAGCCAAUGGAGUUGUGUGGAGUUUUAACAAUUUUCUUCGGACUGGCCGGAUUGACUUUUUUCAAAUGGUUCCAAAGUAGAAGAUACAAUGGAGAACAUGAAAGGUUGAAAUGAUUCAGUUUCUGUUGUGCUCAGAAAUUAUUGCAAAGAUCAAGCUAGCCAUCGGAACAACGUUGUUUAUUAUAAACAAAAAAAUAAAAACUUCUCAAUAUUAAAUAAAUUUUUUGUUGUUCUAAAAA